AUGUCAGUCUCAUCAACAUCACGAUCCUACGCCAUCGUCGAGCCACACCCCUCGGUGACCAACAACAUGCACUACAUCUCCACGGGGCGAGGAGGUAUCGGCAACGCCGUGAGAUCCUCGGCGAGCAAUUCCUCCGCAUGGGGUAGCGGGCCCAGCACCAGCAGCGGGCGGAUCGGAUCGCUCUCGUCGACAGCGUCGUCGACGCUGUCCAGCUCCAGAAAGACCUUCACGACCGGCCGCGGCGGCGCGGGCAACGUGGUCCCCAGCUCCGAGCGUGCCAUCUUCAGCUUCGACGAGGAACUCGAGCAGCAGCUGCGCUGGGAGCGCGACGCCGCUCCCGUGUACCACGUCGGCAGGGGCGGGGCUGGCAACAUCGGCCACGUCCACGGCAGCAAUAACAAUAAUAACACCGCCACAUCGGCUCUCGCUGGCACCACGGGCGGCUCCGUCAUGAUGGCGCGGCGGCCGAGCGAGGACAGCGCUAUCUCGGCCACCAGCUCCAGCUCGCGCGGCAGCGAAUCUGGCGCGGACCAAUUCAACCGCAGCGUCAAGAAGGGGUGGAAGAAGAUCACCGGCAUGGGCAUGCACCACCACCAUCUCCAGCAUUAG